AAAAAAGUAUAGAAGUGCGUCUGCCGGGAUUCGAACCCGGAUCUAUUGCUUGGAAGGCAAUUAUCCUUUAGCCAUUGGACUACAGACGCAGUUGUCGGAAAAGGUGGUCGCGCCUAAAUAUGAACACAAAAAAAAGGGAAGGUUGUUCUGUAUGAAGAAACGGAUCCUUCAUAGCCUGACUUCAAGCACCACAUGAGGGAAGCAUGUUCAAUACUAAGAAACUUUCUGAUCCAGUUCACGUAGAUUACAGACUGUUAUCUCAUCUAUGAUAAUUUACACGUAGUAGUAGUUUACCUUUCUGUAAACCCCCGGUGUGGGAUAAUUUGUAGAGCCCAGACUCCAGAGGAGAAUCGAUAGGUCUCAAAAUUCCUAAAUGGCUAAACCGUUAGGGCCUUAAUUAUAGGGAGUAUUAAUUAAUAUUGCCAAUCAAACCCCACAACUUUCUCAAAAUCCCUCCCGUUUUUUAGCUUAGAUUGGUAUUAGUCCAAGCAGAACGGCAGAAGAUCUAUGGGAGGGAGGUGCCGUUUCUUGCUUCUUCGACCAGCAAUGGCUUUGUCGUUACAACGUUACACAAGGGCAAACAGGACAGCCGUUUUACUCAACUGUUGAAAGAAAGAAUCCUGGAUCCGUUCCUGACUCCAAGGAUUUGAUGGGCUAUAGAAGAAGUAUGUGAGCUUAGGUGCACGGGUCAUACGUCCUGUGAAGGAGUUUUUGCAUACAUGGAAAGUCUUGUUUCUUUCAGUCAAACAGGAAACCCUUAGUCAUCAAUUCAUUGAUCACAAUUUGUUUUUUAAAAUUAAACCGUGGUGGUUAUUUCAAAACCGCCACAAACCCAAUGCCGCAAAUUGCGGUUUUUCCACUAGUGAUUCAUCGUUCUCUUCAUUUAUGAUUCUUGCUAUGGCUUGUGUUUUCUGUGUUCCUAGUUGCAUUAUCAAAGUUUGAAUGUGCUUAUAAACUAAGUGGCCUUUGUAAAUUCUAAAAAUUUUAUGGUAGCUUUUUUUUUUUUUUUUUUUUUUAAAUAAGGAAAUUUUAUUAAAAGGAAUCUCGAGAGUACAAUAAAGCUAAGAAAAGAAAAUAAAGCUAAGAAAAGAAAAUAAAGUAAAUAAAAACGAACAAAUAAGAGAGAUGCCCAACCCAGAGUAAGAAAAAAAACCCUCCUUAAAAACCCGGUGUAAAAAACCACAACCCUCAGAAUAGUCUUCAAAGACCCGCUCGUGCUUGAGAUCUUGUCCUCAUAAGGUGUGAUCUCUGAUUCUUCUUUUUGUACAUUCUCUUUUGAGUAUUCAAGUUUUGAGUGGGUAAACAAUUUUCUCGUGUAAACAUUAGCACUUGAACUUAUUUCAAGUAAGAAUGAUGAGAUGAUUGGCAAUAAUGUAUUAGAAUUUUUGCCUAAUGGGAAUAACUAUGAACCUGAAACUUCCAUUUCGGGCGCUUUACUACAAGCUGAUAUUGAGUUUUUAAAUUCUUCCCAUCAUUCUUUGGAUUUGGUUACUUUAGAUGAGGUGCAGGGCAUUGAACAUACUCCCGAUUCUGUUGAAAAUCUUAAGGAAUUCUUUCAGGCAACCUUAACAAAUGGGGUGGAAUCACUCUCUCAUUUUCUACUCCGUGAAUUUGAGAGACUUCUCGUCUCUACUUUGGAUAACCUUGACAGUUUGAGAUUGAAAGCCACUAUUGAAGGGAAAUCUUCUAGGACACAGAAGAAUUCGGAGCAUGUUGAUAAGAAUGAGAAAGGAGGGUAUUACAAUGCUUUAAGUGAUCUUGCGGUUUCUGAUUGGGACUAUGCAAAUACAGGUUUCACUGGCAAUGAUGAGUUCGAAAAGGCUUUUGGAGAAUCAUGCUCUAAUCUUUCAGGUGAUGAAUUCCUUGGUCAUGUCUCAGAAAAUGAGAAGAGGGUUCCUAUUUCGACGUUCUAUAGCCUUUAUUUAAUGAUGCUGCCUCUCAGUUCAUACUUGGACAACAAAUACCCUUGACAUUAUGGCUCUCACUCGCCCCUAUUGUUCUCACUUAUUGUCAUACGGGAUUUAGGCGUGUCGGUGGCUUCACUGACUGAGCUCUUUUUCAACUGGACUGGAUUUUCAUGAGUGCCAUGAUUUCAAACAUCUCUUUCACAUAUAGGAAUAUCUACUCCAAAAAAGCUAUGGUUCGCACUCUUUAAUGGUCAUCGCAUUACUUCUCAAAUGCAUCUGUCAUGUAAAAAAAUGCAUCUAUCAUAUUUAAUGGGCUUUUCCUAUAUUCUGAUAGUAUUACUAAAAUAGAUGUCAUGAACAAAUAUGUCACAUAGUUACUAUAGUCAUAACAAAAGUAUGAUCAUAGUAAAUGCUGUGUAUAACUGAACAUUACUAUGGGCACUGCCUCACUGGGUAUUAAAAGUUAGUUUGUGCCCAUGAUUUUUAUUGUGGUCAUACGUUUGGUAUUGUUUUUUGCAUUAAUUUCAUACGAAGUAUAUGUUAUUUUGUUUGCAGACUGAUAUGGAUAGCACUAAUGUAUAUCCAUAAGGAUAUACAUUCUUUAUUUUGUGAUUUUCACAUUUGUUUAAUGCUUUAAUGUGAGAUGUAUUUUAAUGUUCUUUUAAUGUGUUUUGGAAUGUUUUGUGAAUGAAAAAUGAUGGCCGAGCUGCUGUUAAUUAAUUAAUGAUUAAUGUUCUAAUAUAGGUGAACUAAUAAAAUUUUGGGAAAUAGACCUAAAUAAGACUAAAAAAAGUGUUAGGAAGGUAAAUAGGAGUUACGAGUUUUAAACCCCUAAAUAAGAUUAAUUUUGAAUGGAGGGACAAAAGUACCCCUGCAUAUGCCCGCUCCCACUAAAUGUCUAAAUCUGCUAUUCUGCUACCGAUAUAGCUAGGCAAGCGCAUACAGACAGAGUUAUCGUUCAUGCCGCACACAGAUAACGAUCGGAGGUCAGCACUGCCGGUCCGCACGCCGCUGAUUUCCGCCGGAGAGCUCGCCGGUUCGAGUCAUCACCGGAGUGGUCGUCGAUGGCAUUGUCGGGACUCCUGAUAGGCUCCUCCUCCUGUCUCCCCUCUUCCAAGCCGUUAGGAUAUUCUUCUAUGCCCAUAGAUCUGCCAAAGUGUGGAUCUUGCACAAGUGUAGAUCCGUUAUUCGUUUUUUUGUGGGUUGUUCUUCUUCCCCUAUUUUUCCGUAGCUUUUUUGUUGUUGAUGUUUUACUUUUCAUUUUUUUGUUUUAUUUUAUUUUGCAGAUCAGAUUCUGGGUUCAUUAUUUAUUUUGACAAAUUUUUGCAGUGGUAGUGUUUAUUUCGGAACCGAUUGAAACCUAUUGAAAAUAUUAUACGGGUAAAUUGCAGUGGUAGUUUUAUUAGAUCUGAA